GGCCCAACCAAAAUAACCCAAGCCUCAAACUUCACGACAUUCUUUCUCUCUCUUUUAGAUACCCCUAGAUCGACAACGCUCACAUCAUACACAAGAUGACGACAACAAAGCAGCGCCUCGCGCUCGCCAUCUGCGACUUCCUCAACACCUCCUUGACCGACGGCACCCUCCAAGCCGACGACAAGGACAACAUCGACAUUGCCGUCAACUGCAUCGGCGAGGCCUUUGGUGUUGACCCCUCCGAUAAGGCCGCCGUGACCGAGGCCAUCGGCUCCCAGAAUCUGCUCCAGAUCUACUCCGUCUACGAGAAGCUCAAGCAGACCAAGCCUGCCGCCGCCUCUGCCUCCUCCACCACCUCCUCCUCGUCCGCCGCCCCUGCUGCGGCCAGCAGCAGCAGCAAUGGCCCCACAGAAGAAGACAAGAAGCAAGCCGAAUCCCUCAAGUCCAAAGGCAACGCCGCCAUGGCCCAAAAGGACUACCCAACCGCCAUCGACUUCUACACCCAGGCGCUCACUCUAAACCCAGGCAACGCCGUCUACCUGUCCAACCGCGCGGCCGCCCACUCUGCCGCGCGCGACCACGAGUCCGCUCGCGCCGAUGCCGAGGCCGCCGUCGCUAUCGACCCCAAGUACACCAAGGCGUGGAGCCGCCUGGGCCUUGCGCGCUUCGCGCUCGGCGAUGCUAAGGGCGCCAUGGAGGCGUACCAGAAGGGUAUUGAGUACGAGGGCAACGGCGGUAGUGAGGCGAUGAAGAAGGGAUUUGAGACGGCCAAGAGGAGGGUUGAGGAGCUCGAGGCUCAGAAUGAUGCGCCUGCCGCCCGUGGCGGUGCCGGUGGUGCCGGUGGCAUGCCUGAUUUGAGCAGCUUGGCGAGCAUGUUCGGCGGUGGUGGUGGUGCGGGCGCUGGCGCUGGCGCCGGUGCUGGUGGUGGUGGUGGCAUGCCCGAUUUCGGCUCCAUCAUGAACAACCCCAUGUUUGCCCAGAUGGCCCAGAACCUCAUGAGCAACCCUGAUAUGAUGUCCAACCUUAUGAACAACCCCCGUCUCAGGGAAAUGGCGAACCAGUUCCAGGGCGGCGGCGGUCUGCCCGACAUGUCUUCGCUCAUGAACGAUCCCAACAUUGCCGAUUUGGCGCGCUCGUUCAUGGGUGGUGGUGGUGCCGGCGGUGCCGGUGGUGCUGGUGGAAGGUAACGAGCUGAUAGAACUGUUGAGGGAUGAUUUAUGAUUCUUGCAGCAUUUCUUUACCCGCUUAGCUCAGGUAUAAUAAAACAAGUUGGCAUAGUAUGAGUCUAGUGUACAAGCAGGCCAGGAGUCUACGAUUGGA